CUUUCCUGCCCGUCACGUACCAGAUUCAAGUGUAGCGUAAGGCGGCUCCGGCAAACGUCUGCAACUCCCCCGCCGUCCUCAUAAUCAACAUGGCCGAGCAGAUUGAGAAGGCAUACCAGAAGCAGCAUCUCUUCCAAAACGCGAAGGCUCGCGGUGGUAAGAAGGUCUCGACCAAGGAAAAGCGGUGGUACAAGGAUGUCGGUCUGGGCUUCAAGACCCCUUCUGAGGCCAUCAGCGGCACUUACAUCGACAAGAAAUGCCCCUUCACCGGUGACGUCUCCAUCCGCGGUCGUAUCCUAACUGGUCGUGUCGUUUCCACCAAGAUGACCCGCACCCUAGUCAUUCGUCGGGAUUACCUCCACUACAUCCCCAAGUACAACCGUUACGAGAAGCGGCACAAGAACUUGGCGGCACACGUCUCGCCCGCUUUCCGUGUUGAAAUUGGCGACAUUGUUACUGUCGGCCAGUGUCGGCCACUGUCGAAAACCGUACGCUUCAACGUUAUUCGAGUAGCGAAGAACAAGGCGGCGGCCAAGACCUUUGGAAAGUUCUGAGCGGACUCUUCCUGGACAGGGUCUGAGUGGGCGUAGAUGCUGAGGCAUCGAUGCUAUGUGUUGUUAUUGCUUUCCUAUCCGUGUUCUGUGCGCAUGCGACAAAGUGACCAUUACGCCUAUGAGAGGAGAGUGCACGAUCAAUCAGUGGAUCAACAGAGAUUUCACGACUUCAAAGAGGUUCGCGGGCUGCUUGGGAAACGGCGACAGGCGGCGUAGAUACGUCCGAGCUGUAUCCUCGCUUUGGGAUUUGAGGGUCAGACGGCUUCAAAUACUCAGUGCUAGCGUGAUCAG